CGGAGCGGGGAGAAGGGAGCGGACGGGCGCCAGGCCGGCUGCGGUCCGUGCGGAGGCUGAGCCGGCCGCGGGCGCGACCGGAGGCAGGUUCCAAUCAUCCCUACAUUUUAAUAAGGAUGUUGUCAAAAGCUUUAUCCAGAUCGUUGGUCACAGUAUUGCCUAAGUCCAGAACAGUGCUCCAGUGAACAUUGUUACACACUGUCUCCUAUUCCACGUGUGCAGGAGUAUUUUCACAGUGUAUGCCUAGGAGUGGAAUUGCUUGGUCAUUGAGUGUGUGUUUUCUGUUACUAUGGCAAUGACGGCAGGGACUACAACAACCUUUCCUAUGAGCAACCAUACCCGAGAGAGAGUGACUGUAGCCAAGCUCACAUUGGAGAAUUUUUAUAGCAACCUAAUUUUACAGCAUGAAGAGAGAGAAACCAGGCAAAAGAAAUUAGAAGUGGCCAUGGAAGAAGAAGGAUUAGCAGAUGAAGAGAAAAAGUUACGCCGAUCACAACAUGCUCGCAAAGAAACAGAGUUCUUACGGCUCAAGAGGACCAGACUUGGCUUGGAUGACUUUGAGUCUCUGAAAGUUAUAGGAAGAGGAGCUUUUGGAGAGGUGCGGCUGGUCCAGAAGAAAGAUACAGGCCAUAUCUAUGCAAUGAAGAUAUUGAGAAAGGCUGAUAUGCUUGAAAAAGAGCAGGUGGCCCAUAUCCGAGCAGAAAGAGAUAUUUUGGUAGAAGCAGAUGGUGCCUGGGUAGUGAAGAUGUUUUACAGUUUUCAAGAUAAGAGGAACCUUUAUCUAAUCAUGGAAUUUCUCCCUGGAGGUGACAUGAUGACAUUGCUAAUGAAGAAAGACACCUUGACAGAAGAGGAAACACAGUUCUACAUUUCAGAGACUGUUCUGGCAAUAGAUGCAAUCCACCAGUUGGGUUUCAUCCAUCGGGAUAUUAAACCAGACAACCUUUUAUUGGAUGCCAAGGGUCAUGUAAAAUUAUCUGAUUUUGGUUUAUGCACGGGAUUAAAGAAAGCUCACAGGACUGAAUUCUACAGAAAUCUCACACACAACCCACCAAGUGACUUCUCAUUUCAGAACAUGAACUCAAAGAGGAAAGCAGAAACUUGGAAGAAGAACAGGAGACAACUGGCAUAUUCCACAGUUGGGACGCCAGAUUACAUCGCUCCUGAAGUAUUCAUGCAGACUGGUUACAACAAAUUGUGUGACUGGUGGUCUUUGGGAGUGAUUAUGUAUGAAAUGCUAAUAGGAUAUCCACCUUUCUGCUCUGAAACACCUCAAGAAACAUACAGAAAAGUGAUGAAUUGGAAAGAAACUCUGGUGUUUCCUCCGGAGGUACCUAUAUCUGAGAAAGCCAAGGACUUAAUUCUCAGAUUUUGUAUUGAUUCUGAAAAUAGAAUUGGAAAUAGUGGAGUAGAAGAAAUAAAAGGUCAUCCCUUUUUUGAAGGUGUAGACUGGGGGCACAUAAGGGAAAGGCCAGCAGCAAUCCCUAUAGAAAUCAAAAGCAUUGAUGAUACUUCAAAUUUUGAUGACUUCCCUGAAUCUGAUAUUUUACAACCAGUGCCAAAUACCACAGAACCGGACUACAAAUCCAAAGACUGGGUUUUUCUCAAUUAUACCUAUAAAAGAUUUGAAGGGUUGACUCAACGUGGCUCUAUCCCCACCUACAUGAAAGCUGGGAAAUUAUGAAUGAAGAUCACAUUCGCCCACAACCAAGAGAACUCAGGUAGCUGCAUCACCAGGCUUGCUUGGCGUAGAUAACAAUACACUGAAAUACUCCUGAAGACGGUGGUGCUUAUCGACUACAAGAGGAAAUUCUACAGGAUUAGGAUUUCUAAGACUACUACAGGAAUUGGUUGGCAGUGCCAGCUGGCUUUUUUUUUUUUUUUAAUAUUUUAUUAUUUUUGUUAACUUUAUUAUACGAAGGUACUGGAAUAAAAGGAACGUACAUCCCUUUCUAACUGCACUGCCUACAUGCGUAUUAAGGUCCAUUCUGCCUGUGUGUGCCAUGGCUUUGAACUGUAACACCUCUAAUCAAUUCAGGAGAAACACAUAUCAUAUAAAGCAACAUAGGCUAACCUGUAGGUAACACUGCAGUAUUGCUGUUUUACUGCAAAUCUUAUGGGUCUACAUAAUCAGUAAAAGCCAUCUUCCAUAGUUGGUGUUAGAACAUUUGCCCUGUUGGUUGAACAUCUGUAGAAUAUAUAUGAUGACAAUUUCUAUAAUGAUUUUAAGAAAUUUAAAAAGAAAUACACUGGUUCUUUAAAAAUAGAAUUUAUCAUCAAGUUAUUACAUAAACUCCACAGUAGGGAGUGACAAGGUUAUAAGGAAGAGAAAGUUGAACACCUUCACUCAAGCACUCCACUAAUAUAUUUACUUUGCAUUCAAAAAUACUGACGACCUUUAUAUACGUAGUCUGUAUACGCAUAGGGAGAUGUACUGUAUUAUAUAAAAUGUAAAGUUGCUUUUCUUGUGACAAGAGGAAUUCUCUUUUAACUAGAGGACAUGGCAUUAUUUUAAUUUGAUUAUGAUGAGUUGAAUUUAAGAAAUGACCAUGAAGGCUGCUUGUAGAACUAGUGUAUUUUUAUUAAAGUAUUUUUUUAAAUGUCAAACUUCUGAUCAUGUAAAUGGACUUGUAGAGAACAAAAUGCUAUUUACUUUGGUUUUCUAGAAAGUUGUUACAUAUCAUGGCUGGUUGACUUUUAUUUCUUUUGAUGAAAAUUUUUCCUUUAAUAGUACUUGUAUUAUUGUGCCAUUAUUUUCUUAUGCUCUAAAUGUACCAAAGAUCCUGAACAGAGUGGAUGUUCACAACUGAGUAGAAUUUUACUUUCCUGUGAGAAUGCUGUAUUCAGACGUGAUAGAUCUUUGAUCAAAGUUAGCUUAUUCAAGGGCAAUAUUGUUCAUGUUUAGCUACAUCACUGUGGUUAAUCUAGAUGGAAUGAAGGAAGAAUAAAUGCAGGCCAGGGGAGUUGUGAUGAGAGGAUAUGGGAGAUAAUGUCAGCAUCAAAUUCUUUGGGUAUUUCCCUAAGAAUUAAAUAAUCUUUUCUAGCUCAACAUUUUAAUUCUAAUUUAAACGACUCUCUGAGGUUUUGGUUUCUUAAGUACUAGUGGAGGAAUAAUACUUUAGCAAAGAAUGGCCUAAUGUUUGUCUUAACUGUUAAUUGAUAGAAUUUUUUAAAGAUACAAUAAUUAUAACCAUGACAAAUGAUCUGUGAUCAAAAUCUAAAGUGAUGAUUUAUUUGUAGGAAUGUCUUCCUAAUGGGGAAGAAUUGCAUAGGAUCGUUAUGCAAAUCGACAAAAAGCUUUUAUAAAUGUUGCUGCUAGGUAGCUCCACAAUGUUUUAAUAAGGCCAUCCUGUCUCUCCCAGCUCCCCACCUUCCCCCCCCCACAUAUGCUUUAUUUUGGUUUAUUUCUUUUUAGGUAUUUAUUAAGUACUUACGAUGUGUUCAUCUAGUAGUUCAUCUCCAUUUUUCCAGUGUGGAUCAUGUGACUUGAGUAUUUGGGAAAGAGAGCUAUUAAAACUCUGGGGUUAUCUCAAUUUUACUAACUCUAAUUUUUCUAAUUAUAACUGCCUUUAAUUUUUUUUUUAAAUCUUUAACUUCUGCUGGAGUUUAUGAGAUUUUUCACCCCACAUCAACCCCUUUUUUGAAAAAAAGAUUGUUUUGCUAGUGUGAUAAUGGAUAGGUAAGCUAUGAGGAAAUUACAACAUUCUGUAGUUCUAGUGUGGUAACUAUUCUAGUGCAGAAAAAUAUUAAUUCAAGAUGACAGAGGGAGAGAUUGAGAUUAAUAUUAAGGAACUGAAUUAUCUAAGUUUACUUUUUAAUUGCAUACAGCUAGAGCAUUUUAGUUUUGAUUUCCCUCAUUCUUAUUAUCAGAAAGAACUUGGAAAAUAGUUAUAAUUUCUUGGCAAUGGAAGGGCAGUUCUGGAAAGCUUACUUUGUUUGGAGUCUCAUUCUUCCCUGGAGUUAAUAGAGUGAUUCACAAUCUUUGGGGUUUUCUCCUCAUCAAAAGUAUUUCUUAAGUGCCUAUCUAAAAGCAAUUAAAGACUGUGUUUGCCCUUUGGAAGCUAAGAAUUUGAUUCAUGAUGCAAAUUAACUAGAUAAUUUGCAAGCACCCUUGAGAUUGAAUUUUCUCUAUUAUACACAUCCCAUAUUUCAGGUGAAUCUUUAAUUUAAAUGACAAAACCCUAUCUAAUCAACUGGGCAUAAUGACAUUUUCUUUAAAUUAGACUCUAUUUUGAAUUAAAAGAGUUUUAUUAUAAACUGUGUGUUUUUGGUUUUUCUAACUAUAUAGAAAGCUUGUAUAAUUCAGAUUUAUCAAUUUCCUGAUUUAAUGUAGACUUUGGCUUUUUUAUUAAAAACCUUUAUAUUAAAGCAAGUUAUGUUAUUUUUCUUUUAUGCAUUAACAUAGCUUUAAAUCUUUAAAUGUAUUGAAGCAUUGUGCUGUAUGAAAAUAAGGAAUCGCUUAUAAAUCAGCCACUUCUGAAUGGAAUAUAUAGCUGAUUCAAUAAGCUAGUUAGUUGAAUGGAAAAUAUGAAAUGUGAAACAUUAAAAAUAUUCUUUGGUUGCUAAGGCUUGAGAUAGGGUCUCAUUUACAUCUGUAAUAGCAUACUUUUUCUGUUUUUUAAACACCUGCAUAUCUUUGUGUAAAUCUUUAAAUUUUAAAAUAUUUUAAGUAACAUUUAUUUUUGAUGUUUGUAGAAAACCUUUAGACAAUCAGUCAGUCUCUACUGAUAGGAGAAACAGCUAUCUUUUGAUGAUUUAUAAAUAAAUGAAUUGAGAUUUUAGUAAGUAGAGGUCCCUGGCUACUAAACACAUUCUUUUUUUGAAUUGUUAAAAUUCAGGACAUUGAAAAUUACUGUUUUGCUACAACCAUGAUUAUUUCCCCCUUGUCUUUACUUAAAUUUUAUUUUCUCUUUAGAAGUGCACUUAUUUCUGAAAACUCUUAAUGAAACAAACACUUAGAACAAAUAUAAAUACAAGACACUUGGGACUACUAGAGAUAUUUUAGAUUUUUAUGAAAAAAAUGUGAGGGGAUACUGCUGCUUUAAAAGGGGAUAAAGUAAUAAAAAUAUAUCUUCGCUAUUUUUUUAAAAGCAAUAUAAGCCAGCAAUUGUCUAGAAAAAUAAUCAUCAGGCUAUUGAGUUCGGUGUUCAGUUACUGAGUUUCAUAAAAUGUUUUGGUGGCAUGAGGGCUUUUUCAUUGAAGGUAAGACAAGAAUAAAAACUAUGUUUACAAAA